AACCAUAUAUGGUUCUGUUUUACACUGGAACCAUAUAUGAUAUAUCCACGAAUUUCACGGGACGGCCCGUACUCACAAAAACAGCCUAUAUAAGGCUAGCUCCCUUGCCCUCGCUUACCAUGUCUCGCACUGCGCGGCACUGUAACCCUAUCCUGUUUCAGGAUCAGCAUUCAGCAGCAGAAGUAACGUGCAAGCCAUGGGUGCCAAAACGCCCUAUGUCGUCAUCGUCAUCGUAGAGCUGAUCUACACUGGCAUGUACAUUAUCUCCAAGGCAGCCUUCAACCAGGGGAUGAACACCUUCAUCUUCAUCUUCUACCGCCAGGCAGCUGCCUCCGUACUACUGCUGCCUCUUGCCAUCGUUCUUGAGAGGAGAAACGCGCCACCGAUGUCGCUCAGAUUGUUCAUCAAGUUUUUCCUCUGUGCUCUGUUUGGGAGCACGGGGACCUUAAACCUGUACAACAUGGGCCUCAAGUACACCACGUCGACGGUGGCAUCCGCGGCAGGCAGCUCGAUUCCGGUGAUGUCCUUCUUCUUGGCGCUCCUACUAAGGCAGGAAAUGAUCCGGCUGAGGAGCUUGCCGGGCUCGGCGAAGGCGGCCGGCGUUGGCCUGUGCCUGGCCGGCGUGCUGGUGAUCGCGCUGUACACCGGGCCGACGAUAAGCCCACUGAUCCACCACCGCGUGUUCGCCGGCGGCGGCCAUGAAGCUUCGGCGAGCGGGAGCGGCAGGACGAGGUGGAUCGUGGGGACGGUGCUGAUCCUGCUGUCGAACGUGACGUGGCUGCUCUGGUCCAUGCUCAUGGCGCCGGUGCUCCGCGAGUACCCGAACAAGCUGCUGGCCACGACGUGGCAGUGCGUGAUCAGCGCGGCGCAGUCGCUGGCGGUGGCGGCGGUGGCGGCGGCGCGGGACCCCGCCGCGUGGAGGCUGCGGCUCGACACUGGCCUCCUCGCCGUCGCCUACUCCGGCGUCGUCGUCACGGCCGUGGCGUUCUACCUGAUGGCGUGGUGCAUCGAGAAGAAGGGGCCCGUGUUCCUCGCCAUGUCCACCCCGCUCGCCUUCGUCUUCACCGUCUUCUGCUGCAUCUUCUUCCUCGGCGAGACCGUCCACGCCGGCAGCGUCGUCGGCGGGGUCCUCAUGGUGGCUGGACUCUACAGCGUGCUGUGGGGCAAGAGCAAGGAGCAGGACAAGCUCACGCUCGCCACCGCCACGCCCACCGUCGCCGCCGUAGAACAGAAAGAAGCCGCUGCGGCUGCGCCAGAUGCAGACGCCAGCAAUAGUGGCAGCGAACUCCACCAUGGGAGAUUGGUGUCGCUAGAGCAACAAGUCUAACUAGCUUGCAGCCUUGCAGGCACCAGCAACCGUGGCAGCGGAGUGGAUUUUAAACUCCGUUCUCUUGUUUUUGCAUAUCACUUAAAUAGUUUUAAAAAAUUAAAUAAAAAAUGAGAAGAAUAUAUUGACAUGUGAUAUAUUACUCUACAAACAUGCAUAUUCAAGUUCAUUUUUUACAAGCUACAAUAAAAAAAAUUAAACUACACCUACAUGUAUUCACUGUCAUUUUUUUUACUGUAAUAUGUAGAAAUUAAAUUUUACCUUGUAUAUUUAUGAAGUGAUAUAUUACAUAUUAAUUUAUCUUGUUGAAUUUUCUCAAAUUUGUUCAUUGCCCUUUAAGCUACAUGCAAAUAACGAGAUGUCGUCCUCUCAAGAAUUUAAAAUAGUUUCCCCAGCGAACACGUGUGAAAGAUCCAAAAUAGGCAUACAGAACCUAAGAGUGUAUAUGCAAUUUGUGUUU